CUUAUCAAAAUAUGGAAGAUGAAGAUUUAUUUGAAGGUGAAGAUUCAAGUGAAGAAGAUGAUGAAAUAGUAAUUCUUUGUUUAACUUCAUUACUUGGAAUACAAUAUUUUGAGCAAAGAGAUUAUGUAAUAAAAUUAAAAGAUUGA